GCCGCUCACCGUGGCUGCUGGCGGGGGUCGCCUGCCUGAGCUGUGAAAGCCGCCUGGGCAGAGAACCGCCCUGCACCGCGCUGGAGCUCCCCUCUAGCCCUGGGGCGGCGAUCAAGAGACACCUGUAGCCGGAGCAGAUGGAGACUCCCAGGAGCUGUGUUUGUACCAGACUGGGUGGUGGUUUGGGAGUUAGUACCUGUGGGGAGGACAGUUUCCUGUAUUUUGCUUAUGGCAGUAACCUGCUUCGGGAGAGGAUCCUGCUGAAAAACCCAACUGCCACUUUCUAUGCUGUAGCCAACUUGCAGGAUUUUAAACUCAUUUUUGGCAGUCAUCAAGGCAAAGCAAGCUCUUACUGGCAUGGAGGUACAGCUACCAUUGUUCAAAGCCCUGGAGACGAAGUGUGGGGAGUAGUAUGGAAAAUGAACACUAGCAAUUUAAAUUCGCUGGAUAAGCAAGAAGGAGUUGCAGGUGGUAUUUACAUUCCAAUAGAAGUUAACAUUCCAACGCAAGAGGGAAAAAUACUGACCUGUCGAAGUUAUCAGAUGAGUGAUUGUGUCUGUGAUCUCCCAUCACCACAGUACAAAAAAGUUAUCUGUAUGGGUGCAAAACAGAAUGGCUUACCAACUGCCUACCAGAAGAAAUUAGAAGCUAUAGAAACAAACAACUAUGCAGGACCAGUAUCAGUCUUUGAAGAACUUGAAGCUACUAUUAAAGAGAAGGAAAGAACAACUUGUUAGAAAAGUAUCCCCAAAAUAUUUCCACUUCUACUUCCUUGCCUGAUUUAAUUCUAUGGCCUGUGUUAUACUGAAGUCAGAUUAGAUUAUCACUGUGAUCCUUUCUGGUCUUGGAAUAUAUGAAUUUUUCAUUUUGAUUUAGGCAUCUAUUGCUAAUCAGUGUAUUGAGAAGAUAUUUUCCUUCUUUGAUAAAGAAGGGCGAACUUGAUAUGUUUGUGUAGUUCAGUAAGGUAUUGGAUUGAAUAUGCAAUUUAAGAUCCUAAUCUUGCAAAGACCUAUGUACAUGCAUAACUGUAUGUACCACAUCUAAAGUUAAGUACGUGUAAAUCUUUGCAAAGUUCAGCUUAACUUUCUGUAGUUCUCAUACCGUGCUGGUAAAGUUCAUAUAGUUCUUUAAUACAGCUAUAAGCAGAACUAAAGAGAAAAGCCAGCUUGGAAGUCAUGUGCAUAGGCUGCUGUGUUCAAGGAUUAAGAGUUGCAGGAUCAAACUACAGUUCUUAAGUGCUGUGCCGCCACUGCGCAGAUAGCUGACACAGCAGACCCCGAGAGAAGCCCCAAAGACCACAGACUCUAGUAAGGUAUGAAGGAACCCGAGCCAGGUUUAUUGUCAAACGAAGCACAGUAAUAGUUUCCUAUAGACUUUACAGGACAUACUAUGAAUAUGUGCGCCCUGGCAAUGAGCACAGCUCAGUCAGUGGCGGGACUUUCCACUGCCCCCUAGGCUGGCCAAAGAUGCGCACUCCAGGACCUACUUUUAUACAGUUACAGGGCAGAUUACUCAUCCUUACUGACGUAUUGAGGUACAGCCCCUUGGCUCUUUAGGGUGCUGUUUCCCCUUUGAUCAUGUUGUUCCAGACAAACAGAUCUAUCCAUCAUGCUGUCCUGUUUUUAAGAUGCAUUGCCUGUUCCAUGUUAUGUCUAUGGAGUGUCCUCAUGUCAUCUUGGCACAAGUUCCUCUUCUCGCUACUUCUGUGAGAGGCCUGCCUCUGGCUCACAACCCAGCUUUUGCUUAGCGGUGCGCGGAAGUACUUUGGUUGAGGCUUCAGGCCUCAGACUAGGCCUCUGACACAAGAAUUUGUUUCCGGGCCUCAUCUUACUACUACAACAACAACAAGACAGAGUGUGCUUGUGUGUGUAAUUAUAUAUGCGAGUGAUACAUUUAUUAUCAAUAAAUGUGACGCUUUGCCUUAUUCCCCCGAAAAGAUUCUGUGCAGUACUUUAGGUACAACAGAAGGACAGCAUUCUACCUGUAAUAGUGUGCUGUUUUGUGGUAUUGCUAGAAGUGGAUGAACCAAGUCAGAUAAUAUAACUCUCUUGAAUGGAUUUUUUAAAAAUUCUAAAGAGUUGGCUAACUACUUAAAUUUUUUUCUUUAAAUCAUUGAAUGCCUUGAACUUCCUGACUUCUGCAGGAAGCAGACCUAAGGCUUGAUGAAAGCCCAUAGGAAUCUCUUCAUUGACCUCAUUGGGUUUGGAUUAGGCCCCAAUAAAGAAACACUGAGUCUCUCUUCACAGUAGUAGCAGCUGCCUAGCUCAGAUCAGAGUAUUGUAAAUCUUGCAUGAGUUCCUGAUCUUGUGAUACUUUCAGAUUAAAUUGAAUGAUUACUUCCGGGGAAAGUGGUCAAUUGAACAACUUUGGGAAAUACAAAAAGAAAAUGUCUUUUUUUUUUCUUUUGUAUUUAAGAUCUGUAUGCAAAGAAUUUGUCUUGAUAUAAAGGGGAUAUGAGUUAUCUUCAAAAGUUACUAUGUGAUUGAUUAUGACAUCUGACAACAUACACAUAGGAACUUAUAAUUUACCUUGUCUUCUCCUCAUAAACUUCCAUAUUGGACAUGUGCCAUAGCAGUGCACUUCCCAUCCACGUCAUGGGAACAUCUCCAAAGUUUAUGCCUUUCAUUUGGACCCCAUCUAAUUCCCAUGUUCUCUGUGUGUAAAAUAAAUAUGUAUGCACUGAAAGUUGAAGUAAAUAAAAAAGAUUGCAGUUGCCAGAUUACUUAUGUGUCUAUACAGUGUACAGAGAAUGAAAAGUCAUUUUGAUUUAAGAAUGCUCAGUGUAGCCUGUGUAGGCUAAAGCUGUUUGUGUGAAUGUGUAAGUGAAAGUUGUCAUAUUGGGCAUUGUUUUUGAAUUCAUCUGUAAAUUAAUCUAUGUGCACUGUGUAUGUGUGCAUAGAAAAGAUCAGUUUUUUUAAAAUAAAGAUUCUUUAUAACUGUAAGAA